AUGACCAAGCACGCUCGCCCAAACCUGCAAUCCAAGGGCGGUCGAGUUGUCCUCGACAUCAUUGACUCCCUGCGGUCUCAAGGAAUUAGCCAGUACAUUGAUCUCCCUCAAAUUAUCGUCUGUGGUGAUCAAUCAUCUGGUAAAAGCUCUGUUCUGGAAGCUAUAUCAGGACUUUCCUUCCCGACCAAGGAUGCGUUGUGCACAAGAUUUGCAACUGAGCUGGUCCUCCGUCGAUCGUCAGAACGGGAUCAAACAGAGCUAAAAGUGUCUAUCAUCCCGGGGAAGGACCGUUCUGCUGACGAACGCCAAAGAAUCGAGGCAUUCGGCGCAAAUGUGAAAGAGCUGGAUCUUGAUGCCAUCAUUGAUGAAGCCAUGGGCGUUAUGGGCCUGGCUGGCACAGACAGGGUGUUUUGUACCGAUAUUCUCCGUGUGGAAGUCGCGUCUCCUGACCAGCCACACCUUACUUUGGUAGAUCUUCCUGGCCUGUUUGUGGCAGGCAAUAAAGAUCAAUCUCUCGAGGAUGCUAAACUUGUAGAAUCUCUGGUUCUGUCCUACAUGGAGCAGCCAAGAAGCAUCAUACUUGCGGUCGUUUCUGCGAAAAGCGAGUUUGCGCUCCAACAGGUCACUCAACGAGCAAGGGAGGUGGAUUGCGCCGGAGACCGCACUCUCGGGCUCAUCACCAAGCCCGAUACCCUAGAUGUGGGAUCGGAGAGUGAAAAGGCGUACCUAGAGCUCGCACAGAACAAGGAUGUGAAUUUCCGUCUCGGUUGGCAUGUUGUGCGGAAUCGGGAUUUCAGCAUGCGAAACGCCACGAAUGCAGAGCGUGAUAUUGCGGAGAAGGCUUUUUUCUCACAGGGAGUUUGGGUCUCUCUCAGCCCUAAGCAAGUUGGUGUAGAUGCGUUGCGGACUCGAUUAAGUCGAGUGCUGCAGGAUCACAUCAUGUCCCAUCUGCCUCGCGUGCUUGACGACAUUCAACUUGGAGUGGCGGAUUGCGACGCAGCACUUGAAAAGCUCGGUCAGGCCAGAGAGACUGUUGCUGAACAGCGUCGUUAUCUCUUCUCCCUCAGCCAGGCAUUUGUCGCUUUAGUAAAUUGUGCUGUCGAUGGCGAUUACUCCGAUCGCCGUUUCUUUGGAGUCUCCAAUACGCCAGACGGUGAUAAAAGAAGACUCCGGGCCCAGAUCCAAAAUACUUUGAGCGACUUUGCCACAUCCAUGCGGCUUCGAGGGCAUUCCACAACUAUUGUGGAAGACGAACAAUGCACAACAAAAUCACCGAUAAGACCGGAUGCAUUCCCACCGCGAAAAGUUCCUCGCCUCGAAUUUGUCCAGGAAGUCAACACUCUACUGAGAGGUAAUAGAGGCCGUGAGCUGCCUGGAACUUUCAAUCCAUUAGCGGUUGGAGAAAUGUUCAGCGCCCAAUGUGAACCGUGGGCAAGGCUCGCCAGAAGACAUGUGGAAAGGGUGUCUGGCUACGCGAAGGCAACGCUCAUCACAAUACUGCAGCAUGUUGCGGAUAACGAGACUGCUGCACGAGUUAUCGCCAGUCUUUUAAACCCUUCCUUUGCUGCUCUCGAGGGUGCCGUCGAGAGUAAGCUGCUAGAACUUCUACAGCCGCACACCAAUGGUCACCCGAUCACCUACAACCAUUAUCUGACGGAAAACAUUCAGAAAGCGCAAAGCGAGAGACACAGCUCCAAAAUAUUCGAAGUUUUCAAGAGAUUUGCGGAUCCAACCUCGAUGGAGAGGGGGCAGUUGGUGCCAUCAAAGCUUUACUCUGCUAUUACGAAGGCAACGGAACCCAACAUGGAAAACUACGCCGCAAUGCUUGCUAUUGACACUAUGGAAGCGUAUUACAAGGCAUCAUUGAAGAAGUUCGUUGAUGACGUUAGCGUUCUUGCCAUUGAACAAUGCCUGAUCCAGAAGCUCCCCUCAAUUUUUUCGUCUGAUGUUAUAUGUGAUCUUACGGACGAACAAGUUGGGAGACUUGCAGGUGAGAGCGCCGACAUGUCCAUCGAACGAAGCCGUAUGACCGAGAAGCGGAGACUAUUGCAGGAGGGCUUGACACAGCUAGGGAAACUUAAUGAUACAGCCAUCGCCCCCCUUUCAUAUGAAUGA